AUGCAGCCCACAACCAAAGUCGUUUGCUUGGCUCUGAUUUGCCUUGGUGCGAUCGUCUCAACUGGAAGUGCCUUCCCGCAAGAUGUUGGAGCAUUGUCUGACGAUGUAGCCAUCGAGUACGUUGAAGCUGAGAAUAUGAUGAGUAUUGAAGAAGAAGAAGCAGAAAUAGAUGGACAGGUAUCCGUCGAGCUUCCGGAUGAAGAAGUUGGUCCGCAACUUCGUAUAAGCUGUGACGUCAUCAAUGGAACGACCACAUUCUGUGCUCUUCAUUGUCUGGCUCGUGGAUCCAGAGGAGGAUACUGUAACGCAAAGAGAGUUUGUGUCUGCCGUAAAUAG